UGCCAGGGUAAUGUCCCUACGCAUCGGGCGCAGAGGACAGAAGGGGAUUUUAGCUCAAUCUGCCCAGAAAAAGAGCGAGACUGUCAGGGUAGAACAGUGGUCAUAUUCUCUUAGUGGACAGGGAAAGGGCUGUGGGCAGCGUUGUGAAGCUGAAAGUGGAUGAAGAGAUAAGGCAAGAGCAGAUCUCCCUGAGAAAGACGCAAAGGGGCCAUGAGCCUGCUGAUGUAAGGGGACGAAGGAAGGGAUAUAAGAGUCUCGGCAGGGCCCAUGUGUGACCGAAAGAGCUCGAGGAGGCAUGCUGGGAAGAGGGAAUCUGCGUCUCGUGCGGCAGAGGCCAGCGGAGGAGCGGAGGGUCCCACGGUCCUUGUAGACGUGAAGGAGUUUCUCGCUAAAGCCAAAGAAGAUUUCCUUAAGAAAUGGGAGAACCCAGCACAGAACACAGCAUCUCUAGACCAGUUUGAGCGUCUGAAAACCCUGGGGACGGGCUCAUUCGGCCGAGUCAUGCUGGUCAAGCACAAAGAGACGGGUCAGCACUACGCCAUGAAGAUCCUUGACAAACAGAAGGUGGUGAAGCUGAAACAGAUAGAACACACGCUGAAUGAAAAACGUAUUCUGCAGGCAGUCAGCUUUCCUUUCCUGGUGCGAUUGGAGCACUCCUUCAAGGACAAUACUAAUCUGUAUAUGGUAAUGGAAUAUGUUCCUGGAGGUGAAAUGUUCUCUCACCUACGAAGAAUCGGCAGGUUCAGUGAGCCACAUGCUCGCUUCUAUGCUGCCCAGAUAGUUCUGACUUUUGAGUACCUUCACUCGCUGGACCUCAUCUACAGGGAUCUGAAGCCUGAAAACCUGCUGAUCGACCAACAGGGCUACAUACAGGUAACAGAUUUUGGUUUUGCCAAGAGAGUGAAGGGCAGGACCUGGACACUGUGUGGUACCCCAGAGUACCUGGCACCAGAAAUCAUCCUCAGUAAAGGUUAUAAUAAGGCAGUGGACUGGUGGGCUCUAGGGGUGCUGAUAUAUGAGAUGGCGGCUGGUUAUCCUCCUUUCUUUGCUGACCAGCCCAUUCAGAUCUAUGAGAAGAUAGUCUCAGGGAAGGUGCGAUUCCCCUCCCACUUCAGCUCAGAUCUGAAGGAUCUGCUUAGGAACCUUCUGCAGGUAGACCUGACCAAGCGCUUCGGUAACCUCAAAAACGGCGUCAACGACAUCAAGGGCCACAAGUGGUUCGCCACCACCGACUGGAUAGCCAUCUACCAGAGGAAGGUGGAGGCUCCCUUCAUCCCCAAGUGCAAAGGCCCAGGUGACACCAGCAACUUUGAUGACUACGAAGAGGAGGAAAUACGGGUCUCCUUCACAGAGAAGUGCGGAAAGGAGUUUGCUGAGUUCUAGACCUACCCAGGAGCAGCAGAGGGAGAGAGAGGGAUAGAAUGAGAGAGAGGAGAGGAGAGGAGGGGGGGAGAGCAGAGAGGGAGAAAGAGAAAGAGAGGGGGAAAAAAAGGGGGUUUUGAGGGGAGAGGUAACAAACUGGACUGAGCCUGCGUUCAGUAAUAACAACAAAUAAUAGAGCACCCCCCCUCCCUCCCCUCCCCUCCCCUCCUCACCCCUCCCCACAUGAACGGAGAGUGAAGAAUCCUGAGCGAGCCAGCAGUGUUGCCUUUUUUUUCUGAUUAUCACCUGUUACUUAUCCAUGUAAUGUUUUCCCUCUUGUUUUUGUAGCAAGGGUCAAAGGGGCAGAGUCACUGUCAGUCGUGUUUCUUUUGAGGUAGUGUGACACCUUUUGAGAGGACAGUGCAUAGGUUUUGUUUUUCUGGUACUGAGUUUUGGCUGCUCCAGAGGUGCUUUGCUGCUGGGUGGCUCCCCCUUUUUCUUUUUUUCUUUUUUUUCUUUAUUUUUUUUUUUUGUAAAUGCACAUGGGGCAUCUCAUUCUUACUCUGUAAUUCUUCACCCUGACCCCACCUCAUUCCCAUGGUCUCCCCGCCCCCCCUCACGCUGCCGUUUGUGGUUAUGAUGUCCAAGCAAUACCAAGUCAAACAAACGUGCCUGUCUUAAUGCCAACUGGUUUUAAAAAAAGAAAAAAAAAACAGGUUUGAAAAAUGCUGGUGCAGGGUUUGACUUUGGUGGCAUGGCAACAUGACAUUUAUUAAAUCUAGAGCUUGGCACCACAGUCACCAUAAUCUAAUUUUUUAUGAUGGCCUGAUUAAUGGGUAUAAAUUGGUUCAGUGCUUGCAGUUAAGGCAGUGUAGACCACUCAGAAUAAAACCUGAGUAUAAUUAGAGAUUUUCUUAUUUCUUUUUUUUUUUCUUUUUUCUUUUUUUUUUUUUUUUUUGUAGUUUUCCUGUUGGUCCACCUUGUGACCUAAGAAUACAAGCAUACCAUUUUUUGUUUUGUUUUGUUUUGUUUUGUUUUCAGGCUUUGUUUCAUGAAGGCUGUCCAUAUGAAGUUGUUAUUAGUUUCAUACGUUUUUUGAAACCUUUUAAAGACACUAACUAUCCUCUCAAGUCACCGGCCGGUCUCAUUUUUAGGGUUCUCAAAGUGGGACAUACAGUGAUUUUACUUUAAGACUGUCAGUACGAUCACACUCCCGAACACUGUUCAUCUUUCGUAGCACAUGUACGUAUACCGUUAUUACGAGCAGAGGCUCCAAAACAUCAAUAUCCAUCUCUUUUUUUUUUCUAGCAUUGUCUGACAACUUUAAAAUUUAAUUGAAGUUUUGAGAAAUAAACUAUCAGUUUUCCUGCCAAAAUUUAGAAAGUGAAAGGACUGUGAAAGCACCCUAGCUUGGGAGUUGUAAUGAGACUGGUGGAUGUGAACACAAGAAAAGUAGCAGAAUAUUUCCGAAGAAAAAAAAAAUACAAAUGGUGCAUGUUAUUUUUAUACAGACACUUUUAAAGGAAAGAUAUUGAAGUAAAGCACUGUUUUUGUUUUUUUUGUCAUGGUGAGGGUACACAGGGUUCUUAAUCCAACGAUUUGGUCAUUUUGACUUCUCAUUGUGUGCCCUCGUCAGGCGUGACGAAGCCCCGUCUCUGUGCUGUAGACACUGGGGAUCCAGCUCUUGUAAUGAAAUAUUUGGAGGAGGGUAAAGGAAGAGUAUUCAGUUAUGACGACGUCCCUGCCAUUUUUACUGGGGACGGGUGUAUGUGUGUGUGUGUGUGUGUGUUUGUGUGUGUGUGUGUUAAAAAUGUCUUUUUUUUUUUUUUUUUCCUUCCCCUUUUUGCAAUCAUGUUGGCUGCUCACAUGUUUAAUCUUUCUAAGCUCUUUGUGUUCUAUGCUGACUGCCCCCCCUCCUCCUCCCCCAACCCCAACCCCAGUCUUGUGGGGGUUAGGUUAGACAUUGGUGGGUUUUAUAUAUGUGUAAUAGGGAAAAAAAUGUUAUUAGAGCUUUUGUUACCACAGAAUCAAAAUUUAACUAAAUAUGUACUUAAAAGAUAUUUGAAUGAAAUGUGGGGCAGUGAAAAACACGACAACCAUAUUUUUUUUUCGUUGUUUUUCUUUAACAUCUUAGGCCGUAAGACAAUCUCAGCCCAACUAUCCCACAACUCUUUUCUCUCUCUCUCUCUCUCUCUCGUUUUUUUUUUUUUUGUUUUUUUUUUUUUGAAGUACUCAGAUGUGCAAUAAUUCUGAUUCUCUGUGAUAAUAAUUUAGUUACUUAAAAAAAGAAAAAGAAAAAGCUUUGCUUUUGUUAAUAAUUUGUUUGAUAAUCAACCUUUUUUUUCUUUCCAGAGCACACAUAUUUGGUUUCAGUCACGUAGGAGUCAGCUGUUCUCUAGGUGCCACAGUAAAUACUCUGUCUGUCUAAAACCCG